AUGAAAAUGAAUUGUAGAAAAGAUCUAGAUGUGUAUAAAAUCAUGGCUUUAACUAAAGAAGUUGAUUAAGUAGUCUUUCCUAUUCUCAUUCAAAUAUUAAAAAGUUAGAAAGUUUAAGAUUGCUUAGAAUUUCUCACAUAAAAUCAAAAUCAAUUCCUUGUAGAAAUAGAAAGAUCAAAGAUCGAAAAAUUAUCGCUGCUUGAUAAAGAAUAGACACUCAAUGCAGAGACGAACAUCAAGAGAAUAACAGAUGUUCUCAAAAAAAUUAGGGGUCAUUAAUUUAAUGAACUGAAUUGCUCGUUGGAUGAUUACAAAGAAAUUAAAAAGGAUUUGAUAAUUAAAAUAUCAUGGGAUAAGAAAAUUAUAGAAUUUCUAAAAUUUUUAGUUCGUGUCACGAGCUUAGAUGAUAAAUAUAUUUAGUGUGGAUCAAAUUCUCUUCAUUUAUUAGUUCAAAUGAAGGUUGAUUUGAAAGAAUAAUGUUUUGAGAAUAUAAGAAUUAGAAAUACAUCUUUAAUAGGAGCUAAUUUGGCAAGAUGUGACCUUAGUGGAUCUGAGUUUGACAAUGUUGUUAUUAGUGGAAUGAAUUUGAAUUAAGCUAAAUUAUUUAAUUGUAAGUGGAAGAGUUUAUUUAUAAAUGAGGGAAUGUAGUUGAUUGGGCAUAGCCAUAGAGUCAAUUAAGUUAGUUUUUCUCCAGAUGGUAGGUUUUUAGCAUCUUGUAGUGAUGAUAAAUCUAUUCGUUUGUGGGAUGUGAAAAAUGGUAAAAUCAAGUCAAUAAUCAGAAGAACUGGGGAAGUUAAAUCAGCCUGCUUCUCACCAAAUAAUCAACUAUUAGCUUUUAGCAUGAGAAAAUUUGUGUAUUUAUGGAAUCUUUAAACAAGAAAACCAAUAUUUAAAUUAGAUGGUCAUUUGGAUUUAGUUUAUUCAGUCAAUUUUUCUCUUGAUGGUGUUACAUUAGCAUCUGGUAGUUAUGAUAAUUCUAUUCGUUUAUGGGAUGUUAAGACAGGAUAAUAAAAAGCCAAAUUAGAUGGUCAUUCUAGUGAUGUUAUGUCAGUUAGUUUCUCUUCUGAUGGUACUAUAUUAGCAUCUGGUAGCGUAGAUAACUCUAUUCGUUUAUGGGAUGUAAAGACAGGAUAAUAAAAAGCCAAAUUAGAUGGUCAUUCAAAUUAUGUAAUGUCAGUCAAUUUCUCUCCUGAUGGUACUAUAUUAGCAUCUGGUGGUUCAGAUAUGACUAUCCUUUUAUGGGAUGCUAAGAGAGUAAAAGAAAUAGCCAAAUUAAAUGGUCAUUCGGAUUGGGUUUAUUCAGUCAAUUUCUCACCUGAUGGUACUACAUUAGCAUCUGGUAGUUAUGAUAAGUCUAUCCGUUUAUGGGAUGUUAAGACGGGAUAAUAAAAAGCCAAAUUAGAUGGUCAUACAGCCGGAAUUCUAUCAAUCAAUUUCUCUCCUGAUGGUACUACAUUAGCAUCUGGUAGUGAUGAUAAGUCUAUUCUUUUAUGGGAUGCUAAAACAGGAUAUUAAAAAGUCAAUUUAGAUGGUCAUUCUAACACAUGUUAUUCAGUCAAUUUCUCUCCUGAUGGUGCUACAUUAGCAUCUGGUAGUUCAGAUAACUCGAUUCGUUUAUGGGAUGUUAAGACUGGUUAAUAAAAGGGCAAAUUAGAUGGUCAUUUAGGUGGAAUUCUUUCAAUUAAUUUCUCUUCUGAUGGUACUACAUUAGCAUCUGGUAGUUAUGAUAAGUCUAUCCUUUUAUGGGAUGUUAAGACAGGAUAAUAAAAAGCCAAAUUAGAUGGUCAUUCAAAUUAUGUAAUGUCAGUCAAUUUCUCUCCUGAUGGUACUAUAUUAGCAUCUGGUGGUUCAGAUAUGACUAUCCUUUUAUGGGAUGCUAAGAGAGUAAAAGAAAUAGCCAAAUUAAAUGGUCAUUCGGAUUGGGUUUAUUCAGUCAAUUUCUCACCUGAUGGUACUACAUUAGCAUCUGGUAGUUAUGAUAAGUCUAUCCGUUUAUGGGAUGUUAAGACGGGAUAAUAAAAAGCCAAAUUAGAUGGUCAUACAGCCGGAAUUCUAUCAAUCAAUUUCUCUCCUGAUGGUACUACAUUAGCAUCUGGUAGUGAUGAUAAGUCUAUUCUUUUAUGGGAUGCUAAAACAGGAUAUUAAAAAGUCAAUUUAGAUGGUCAUUCUAACACAUGUUAUUCAGUCAAUUUCUCUCCUGAUGGUGCUACAUUAGCAUCUGGUAGUUCAGAUAACUCGAUUCGUUUAUGGGAUGUUAAGACUGGUUAAUAAAAGGGCAAAUUAGAUGGUCAUUUAGGUGGAAUUCUUUCAAUUAAUUUCUCUUCUGAUGGUACUACAUUAGCAUCUGGUAGUUAUGAUAAGUCUAUCCUUUUAUGGGAUGUUAAGACAGGAUAAUAAAAAGCCAAAUUAGAUGGACAUUCUAACACAGUUUAUUCAGUCAAUUUUUCUCCUAAUAAUUAUACAUUAGCAUCUUGUAGUUCAGAUAAGUCUAUCCGUCUAUGGGAUGUUAAGACAGGAUUAUAAUAAGCCAAAUUAGAUGGUCAUUCAGGUGGAAUUCUAUCAGUCAAUUUCUCUCCUGAUGGUACUAUGUUGGCAUCUGGUAGUUUUGAUCACUCUAUUCGUUUAUGGGAUGUUAAGGCAGGAGAAUACAAAGCCAAAUUAGAUGGUCAUUCAAAUUGGGUUUAUUCAGUCAAUUUCUCUCCUGAUGGAACUACAUUAGCGUCUGGUAGUUCAGAUAAAUCUAUUCGUUUAUGGGAUGUCAAGACAGGAUUAUAAAAAGCCAAAUUUGAUGGUCAUUCUCGUGAUGUUAUUUCAGUCAAUUUCUCUCCUGAUGGUACUACAUUAGCAUCUGGUAGUGUAGAUAACUCUAUUCGUUUAUGGGAUGUUAAGGCAGGAGAAUAAAAAGCCAAAUUAGAUGGUCAUUAAAAUUGGGUUUACUCAGUCAAUUUCUCCCCGGAUGGCACUACAUUAGCAUCUGGUAGUGAUGAUAAUUCUAUCCGUUUAUGGGAUGUUAAAACAGUAGAAUACAAAGCCAAAUUAGAUGGUCAUUCAAAUUGGAUUUAUUCAGUCAAUUUCUCUCCUGAUGGCACUACAUUAGCAUCUGCUAGUUAUGAUAACUCUAUCCGUUUAUGGAAUGUUAAGACAGGUAAACAAAUUUUACCAUCGGAUAAUCGUUACAUUGAAAUUUAGCCAUACUUUGAACUCCCCAUAAGUCCAAAUAACGCUCUUCCAGAAGGUGGUUUUAAUUUUUUACUAUUAUUUAGCUACUUCUAUUAUUACAAUUCUCCUGAUAUCCCAAAAGCUAAUAUUUUAAUCAUAAGGGGCUUUAAUUUUGAAAGGAGAUUUUGUAAACCAAUCUGGCAUAGAUCUAAAGACAUUAUUUAAAUAAAAAGGAAGUUGCAUUUUAGAAAGCCAAAUUCUAGGGAAAUAACUUUAAAAUUGA